UCCCCCUUGAUCAUCUCGGCAAAAGAAAACUCGCGUACUCUAUCAUAGUUUGUCAUUGACCUUUUCACUGUUGCAUUCAGUGACCCUGCGUCAAGGUGAACUCUGUACCCUCGUUUCCUUUGGCCCAUGGUCGAAAGUCAUGGACGAACAAAUAUACUGUACUGUUUGUUCUCUGGCUCGGUCUAAAGUGACAUGAAGGAGUGAGAUUAUAUUGCAAGAGGUUGGCCAUUACUGGCAGUUUGGGAUCAUUGAAGUGGACACAAAUUUGGACUGAAAGAAAAGUGGACUUAGAAGAGAGAGCGGUAGUGAACUCCACUGACCCGGUGUCAGAAUGGCCUCAAGACAGGGAGACGUGCCAGCUCUCGAGUCUGGACCGUCGUCCAUACUCUUUGGUGCGCUGUCAUCUCCCAUUGGACUCACCCGGCACAAUAUGAGCUACGACGAGCAAAUGGAUGUCCCAAUGCAUUCCCCACCUGCGGACUUUGCAGUAAACAGCUUAUGGACAGACCCCGUCCUCCCAAAGCACAGAUUUAGGAAGACUGCAGAGGAAAGUGAGAAGAGUGGCAUGAUGAUGACUGCAGAGAGAUUGGAGCCAGCCAAUUCCCCGGUCCACGUGAAAGCCAAAGUCAGCUCUUUCAUGAGCUCUCUCACUAUUAAGCAGACCCAAGAGAACCUCCAAAGUUUUGAGCACCAGGCAGGGCUGACUGACACUGGCUACACCCCCCACAGGGGCCUUUCUGCUGAGGAGACACGCUUCCGCCGUCUGCCCGAUGGCACACAACCUAAGCUGAGAAUGUCAAUCGGGGACUUCAAGGACGACAGGCUUACAACAUCAGCACAAUCCACCCCAAGUGGCACCCCCUGUGUCACUCCCUCAGUCACCCCCUCCGUCACACCAUCUGUCACCCCCUGCGUCAGUCCCCUCGCCUCACCUGCUGUCAGUCGCAGGAGCUGGUUCCAGCGGAAUCCUGUGCCCUUUCUCAAACAGAUAGAGUCCAGUAGUCCUAACCACACAGAAGAGAUGGGAGGAAACCAGGGAGGAGAGGACCGGUGGAGCUUCUUUGGAACUCGUUCUGUGGUCCAGAAGUCCCCCACUCACCCCGGCUCUGAACCCAACACAGGCUUUUCACUUCAGUCCUACUUUGGCCUACAGAAGUCCUCCACCAUUGCGGGCACUGGUGGCCAAGACAGCCUCACAGUGGGGGACGCUGCCACAUUCAUGCCCCCCAAGAUUGAAAUUUCAGGCAUGGACCCCAAGCAGGUGCCCCCACGGCCACACAAACUCAAACCCCGGGACAUGAAUGUCUUAACACCUUCAAGCUUCUGACCAGACACAUAGUGAUGAUAUCUCUGUCCCACACAGUCAUGUGCUUCCCUGCCUUCCUUCGUCCCCAUGACAGACCACCCACCCCUGUGUACUAUCAAUCCCUUCCCCCUCCCAAUAAUAUUAAACGACUGUACUGUUACUACUUCAGUGGACUGCAAUCUUGUAAUCCACUACAUUUCUUCCAAGUAAUAGGUCCACAAAUGUUGGGAAUAAAAUGUUCAAUAUCCGUUAAGAGCUAAUUGCCAUAUUUGUCAUGUACUUUACCUUCUGUACAAUGACAUUAUUUUAGUAAGUGAUGCAGUGUUUGCAUCAUUCCAUGAGGUUGAAGUUGUCAAGCACGGCCUCACAUUUAAAGUUCUGUUUUGAUUUGUGGUCGAGCUCAGAGCCUAAGACUGCAGCAGUGUUUUUCUUUUCUAAUUAUUUGGCUUUGUUUACUGCUUACCCAAACAAAGAUCACAAGGUACAUUAAUUCUCUCACGAUUUCAUAGUUCAAUUGUGUGGAUUUUUUUUCUGUAGACUCACAAAAUAAUUGUUAAGCUACAAAGCAUUUCAGUGCUUUUUUUUUUUUUAAUUGUCUAAACCAUCUGGUCCGUGACGUAUCUGAAAAUGUUGACCAGUUACUUCAUGUAAUUGCACAAGGGAGAUUGUAACUCCCACUUGCACGUGUAAAUAAAACAACAUACAUUUCA